GCAAAAUCGCGGCGUUCACGGUGCCGCCAACACGCGUCUAACGCCGUACAUCUCUACCCGUCACUCUGUAUGCGAAUUGCAACUCUAUUCACAAAGCAAUAAAGGCUCAUUUCGUGCUUCAUAUUGAAGUGAUAAUUUCUAAUUUUCAUAUGUUUUAUUUAUUUUACGAACGAGUGAUUUUCGAUUAGUGUGAUAGUGUACGAAUUUGGACAGUGAAGUGAUAAUUUUUAUACCGUAUUCUGGAGGAUUAUAUCUUUGAAAAUUAAAGAUACAAAUCAACGGCGACGAGAGUGAAAUUAGAAGUGUCAGUGAAAAUGUGUCAAAAUCUAUAAAAAAAAAAAUUAUAGUUUCGUGUGUUUGUGUGUGUUGUGAUUUUACUGUGAAUCUUCAAGAUGAUGACCUUGUACAGAACCAUUAAGGGGACUAGCACUACGAAGAGGAAGAAACGCGAGAGAAGCCUAGGCCCGUUCGAGGCAGUGUCGGGUAGCGAGAUGGUGUCUCGAAGACGAAUCCUGUCGCGGUCGCGCGACGACCUCACACUAGCCAAUCAAAUGGAGGAGGAAGAAGACGUCUGGUAUCAAAAGGAUAAACUUUAUAAGGAACAUAUACAAGAAGUGCUAGACAAAUGGACACAGAUAGACGACGAGAUCUGGGCCAAAGUGAUCGUGUUCGAAAAAAACCGACGCGUCGCGAAAGCUUAUGCUCGUGCGCCGGUGCUCACCAUCAACGGCAGCGACGACGGCUUUGACGGCAUGAGAAUCGGCCUGUGCGGAUUCGACAACCCACACAGAGAUCAAAAGACAGAAGAAUUGAAAAGACAUAUAGGACAGGGAGUCAAAAUAAAAAUGGAUGACGCCGGUAACAUACUCAUCAGGCGCUACUCCAAGAGUAGCGUGUUUGUGAAGAGUACCGCGGCCGCCAGCAAUGACGAGACAGCCAUCGGGCAGGACAUCGUGAAGCUACCUGGCUAUGCCCUCGAACAGGAGAAAAUUUUCAAGCUAUUCGACAUGAAGAAAUUUCAAUCAAAUGUGAACCGGGAGCUCCGGAGAGCAUACCCCGACCGCAGAAGGCUGGAGACGCAGUGUCUCAGUGCUGUGGCCUUUGUCAAGUCGGACAGCGAGCUGCUGGAGUGCCCCAUCUGGGUGCUAGUUAUCAAUGUCGUCGCCAUGGACAUGCUCAAGUCAAAAUUGCCUCCAGUUCAAAGGCCAAUGGAUAUCAAGAACCGCCCGCGCAUCCCUAUCCCCGACGAGGACCCGUACAGCAUCGCCAGCUCCAACGCCAACGGUUCCGGGUCUUCCGGCAGUUCUGGAGGUUAUGGCCACAACGGCCACGGAGUGGUGGCUGCGACAAGGGAGCAGCUGAUGAUGCAGAUGGGUCAGAGGAGAGGGGACAAGCCGCCCAAGCUGCCGCCGAGAGAAAAUGGAUACGGACCCGCUGAUAUUCCCAAGCCGGAUUACGAUGACAUUGAAGUGAACGAGCGCGUCCCAACACAGUUCCCGAGAGGAAAGUCAGACAAAGGCAAAGACAACAAGAAAUAUGAUGACCCGUACUACUGCGGUCUAAGAGCACGCGUGCCGAACUUCGUAAAGACGAACGGGGCCAAAGUACUGCCAACAAUGACCGAGCGACUCACCCUGAAAGAGGCUCCGGUCCCCAGCAAGCGAUACAGCGUGGCCCACGCCCACCCUGGCCCGUUCCCACCACACAUGGUGCCCCCAUUCGUCCACGCACCGAUGCCCCCCGCAGCACUAUGGCACGCUCGCUCCUACGAAAGCGGAAUCGAUGGCGAUCCAUACGACCCAUACGCGUUGUAUGGAAGACUCCCCAUGCCUGGGAUCGGAUAUCCCCCACCACCAGCGGCCAAUGCACGCCACAUGUUCAUCGGAGAAUGGGACUAAAUCCAUCGACACAGCUUUUUCACUUAUGUCGAUACUGUCACAUCACUAGAGUCUUGUUAAACGGCUCUAGCCCUUUUGAAGCGAAUGGUCCUCGAUGAUAAAAAAAAAACGAAUUUAUGGAACAAUCAUGGCCAUCGCUGUUUAAACUGAGAUAAUACACACGCUCAAUAUUUUAUUGAUUAGCAUCAUGUUAACGAAACUGUAUACAGCGCAGUAGAAAUUUUCGAUAUUUAUGUUUAUUUGCAAUCUUGUAAUUUGAGAUUGAGAACUAAUAAAAUUCACGACCAGAGAGUAAUUUGUAGUCUUUUGAAUACAUUCAAUUGAUUAACUAAGAAUGUGACUGUAUCUGCGUUGUAUCAAAUUGUAAAUAUGAUCGAUUUUGUAAAUUAUAUGUGGUUAUUAUUUAAGAAAAAUUCAAGAGCAAAAGAAAAGUUUUCAUCACAUUUUUUUAGAUGAAUUAAAUGACGAACGAAUCAGAUUUAAUGCGAAUCUGACAUUAAAAUUUUUAAAUUUGGUGGAUUUUUGCAUACGUUGUUUUAAUUAAUAAAAUAAUAAAUUAGACUUAUUAGUUUGUAUUAUGAUUGUUUACCAACACUUCUGUUAUAAUCUCUAUAUUUAGAUUUAGAUUUUUGUAAUAUAGUAAUGUAAUUUAUGAAAUAAGUGAAUAUACACUGCCACUAUAACGACGUCGUGUUCAACUUCGAUGAAUGUCUUUUUAAUUUUAAAUUUUAAUUAAUGUGUCAAUCCUAGUCAUUACUGGGUUGGGAAUAAAAUGUAUACUUAGUUAAGUCCAGAUUUCUCUUCGUAUACCUACUCCUUAUAAAACUCUGGCCUAAAGAGAAAAAAUGGAAUUGCUAAUGGGAAAACUUUAUUACAAAUACAUAUUUUUUUACAAAUAAUGUCAGAAUAUUGAAAUAUUGUAUCAAAUGAGCAUUUUAUAAAAUCUAUCUUCUCAAUACGAUUUUGUUCUUGAAUGUUUUUAACAGUGGUUUGUCACUUGUUAACAAUAUAUCACUUUUUUCUUUUUAGUUGUAUCUAUUAGAGUAGGUAUAUUAUUAUCUAAGUAAGUAUAAGUAACCAUUUUAGUGUAUUGUACGUUCUUUUGUAAAUAUUUUUCUUACAUACAAUAGUGAAAUGCUAAUAAAUGUUUACUUGUAUUUUAUAUACCUACCUUAUAUUACAUUUUCAAUACUCAAACGAUAUUUUAAUAGAAUUUAGAUUAGACACUUAUCUAAAUAUUGUUAAGUUAAAAUCAAAUUUUAAUGUAAUUUAUUGUUUUAAAGUACACAUACGCAUAUAAUAUUUUUGUACUCAUGAUAUUUUAUGAAAACUACUUAUAUAAAAUUAGGGUAUAAAAUACCUAUCUAUACGUAGAGAACCAUUUUCUACGUAAAUAGGUAUGUAUUAAAUGUAGUGUAGUUCUUUUCUGAACGAAAUAUCUUACUUGAAACAAAUGUACAUUCAAAAUUUAUGCAGGUGCUACUUACGUUACCAUUUUAUAAAUAAUUAUACAAUUUAAAAAUAAGUAUUACAGAAAAAACAAAAUUUUUAUUCAGUGUUAACGCUUCACUUAGAUUCUUUUUCAAAUUAAAAGAUACUCUAGAAACUCUCAUAAUAUGUUACAUAAUUUACAUAAUAGCUAAUUGGAAUUUAGGAAUUCAAAACACAACAAUUUUGUAAGAUAUUGAUGUAAAUAAAUUUACAAUAAUAAUUAAAACUAAUUAUUAUAUGUUCUUUUAUGUAAAAAUCAAUUCAUUUCUAGAUUUUAGAAACUUUUAAUGAAAUAUAUCAACAUCCGAAUGUAUUGUUGAAGAAGGGUGUUGGAUAACGUAACCUAUGAUAAGGAGACAU